AGACUCGUCAUCGAGCUGUACGACGACAAGGCGCCGCUGGCGGUGGAGAACUUCAAGGCGCUGUGCACGGGGGAGAAGGGCGUGAGCAAGAACUGCGGGGUCGCGUACCACUACAAGGGCGUGCGGUUCCACCGCGUCGUGAAGGGGUUCAUGAUGCAGGGCGGCGACUUCGCGAUGCAAAACGGCAGCGGCGGCGAAUCCAUCUGGGCGAAAAAGUUUAAAGACGAGAAGGACGGCUUGAAGCUCAAGCACGACGCCAGGGGCGUGCUCUCCAUGGGUAACACCGGGAAGAACAGCAACGGGUCGCAGUUCUUCAUCACCUUCGCGCCGUGCAAGGCGCUGGACGGGAAGCACGUCGUGUUCGGGAAGGUGAUCGAGGGGUUCGGCGUGCUGGACGCGAUCGAAGCGUUGGCGGCGGCGAGCGGGGGGGUCACCGAGGAGCCAACCGCGCCCGUCGUCGUCGCGGACUGCGGGGUGUUAUAG